UGCCGGCAUGUCCCGUAUCCACCAAGUCCGUGCCGGCCACCGGGGACGGAAAGGGCGCCGACGGGGGCGGACUUGUGGGGCCACCGGUGGCGUGGGCGGCUCCAUCGUCCUGCUGCCUUUCGUGCGCAGCAGGGCAGCCAGGGACUCCAAUUACAGCAGCAUGUCUACAGCCAGCGAGUCGCGGAGAGGCGUCGGUCUACCCUUUUCCUGCUUGCAACGGCUGUUCGCAGAGUGACAAUUCAGGUGACGUGGUUGGCAGUGCGGAAGGCCUGGAGGAGGCGCCGCCAAUGCUGGGAAAGGUGACAAUACUGCUCAAGUUCCAGCCGUCCUCGCCCACCGUGUCGUCAUCGCAGGGAUUUCCAGCUGGAAAACUCUUCAUCACAAUAAGGGAGGCGCAGAACCUUCCACCUAAGCCCCACGGUGUCGUCUGUGACCCGUACAUUACCUGUAAGGUAAUAAAAGGCCGCAUCAAGAAGCCGCGACGUGGCAGCGCCGGCCUUCGGCGGCCCAGCUGCAUCAGCCUCGGCAGCUCGGGUCACUGCCUGGGCCAGUACCAAACGCAGACCAAGCGCAAGACGCAGAGCCCCCUCUACAAUGAGACCUUUUCGCUGGACCUGGCCAGGGGAGAGUUGAAGGACUCGUCCCUUUACCUGGCCCUUUACGACAUGGACAAGUGUUCCAAUGACACCGAAGUGGGGGAGGCGAUCGUUCCCCUGAAAGAAGUCGACAAGUUGGUGGAAGAUCCAACAGAUCACAUGCUAGAAUUGGAGCUGAAGGAACCUAAGCAGUACAAGGGAGAGAUUCUGUUCGGGCUGAGCUACCUGCCUACAGCCGAGAGGCUCACCUUUACCAUAAUGAAGGCCAGCAAUUUGACAUCGCCCAUGAACAACCUGGAGUCUUUCUAUCCGUGUGUUCGUGUGCUCCUGUUCCAUAGCGGGAAGCUUCGCAAGAAAAAGAAGACAGCCGCCCAACAUGCCACGCUUUGUCCUGUCUACAACGAGUCGCUGACGUUCGACGUGCCGCAGACUGAGCUGGACAACGUCGUCUUUCUGGUCGUGGUCAGCCACCGGGACCCCUCCCAGACCGUUUCCUCACCAGAGUCACCCACGACUCCCGUGGCCGGAGCCCCGCAGCAGCACGUCGGCAAAGUGAUCGUCGGAGCCUGCGGCCGCGGCAGCGUACUCCACCACUGGAACGCCAUGAAACAGAGCCCGCGCAAGCAGGUCACCCAAUGGCACACGCUCCGGUGAAUGGACACGUUUCGCGCGGCGAGUGCAGACUGGUAUGGACUAACUUGUGUGGACAUUACAGGAGGGAAAAAAGGCAGUGAGCACGUUGAAAUAUCUGAAGCGAUAUUUGCUUACGUGCAAACACCAGAGUUACCCUGGGGCAAUCGCACUCCUCGCAUGUGCUUCGAAAUUGUUAAACCAAGGCAAUUGAUCUGCACAAUUUGGAGGAGUGGCCAUCAUAGGUGCACGUGCACUUUGUGAGCGACAUGUCAGUGGUGUUUUAAUAGCACAUAUGAUUAGGUAGAAAGAAACCCUCUGAUGGAUCUGAAUAUACACAGGAAUGGCAAUUGAUGAUAUUGUGAAAAUGAAACUGGUACUGCGAUUUCCUUCCAAUACCCACCCACUCCUGUAGUCUUGUACGAUUACUCAUGUCCCUAUUCCUGUUGGAAACUGACUGAGAGCAUUUAUGGAGGCUAUCAACUGUAGUUUACGAGUCUCAUAAACAAUGACAAUGUGGCA